CAAAAACGCUGGAGGGGAGAAAAAGAGGGCUGCUGAAGAUUCAUGGCAUCCUUGUCACUGUGGUGUUUUGAUCGGAUUCGGAGGAAAGGCGUUUUCAUCGUUUUGCCGAUGGUUGUGCGGCGCUGGCGCUGCUCGGGUGUGUUUUUGGCGAUUGCUGCGCCCCUAUGCCUGUCUACGGCGUCUGCGGAUCAUCAUCUGCAGCCGGCAUUCGUUCGUCCGGCUGUGAGAAAACCACUCUCGUCCGUCGGCAGGCUGUCCAAGCACAAGCACCGACUGUCCACAGUGCAUUCAGUGCAGCCGUCAACAGCCGAAGACAUCGAUGUCGAAUCGCCGCCCGUCACUGCCAACGGCUAUGUGGCACCCGGCACACAGCGGCCAUCGCCAUCACCCUUACAGCCACUGGGCGGCCCACCAGUGACGCCCGUCGAGGGCAGCUGGCCCGCAUUUGCUAUCGACGGCGUGCAAUUCAGGCCACACAAAGAUCCCGCCAGCCUCUCGCUGCGGCAGGAGGGCCGUCCACGUCGCGUGUUGGUGUAUCUCCCCGGGCUGGAUGGUACGGGGGAUUACUCUUUUCGUCAGCUUGAUGACCCCGGGCUGAGUGUGCACUACGACGUGUGGCGGGUGCAGAUCCCGUGGGACAACCAGCUGACCUACAGGCAGAUACUCUACCUUACCGAACGGUGAGGGAGUGGGUGGGGGUCAAUGCACAUGCAUCUCGUCUGUGUGGCUGACUGAGUUUGCCUGCCUGGCUGCGUUUUGCAGCGGUCUGAGGGAGAUCCAACGGAUCUACUGUGGCGACUCGGUGCCUGAGAGGCCUUUUAUCACGCUCAUGGGGGAGAGCUUCGGAGGUGCGUGUGGUGUAGCCAAUACAUGGAUCGAGUGGAGGGAGGAAGCACACCAUUUCUGUCUGUCUGUCUGUGUGUCAGGUCUAUUGAGCAUCGGCCUCUCUCUCCGCCCCGAUGCCGCCGACAUUUACGAAACAGGUCAGCCCGCACUUGUCCACCGUGUCCUUUGUGCUUUCUGCUCAUUCUCUGUCUGUGUCGCUGUUCAUCUCAGUGGUGCCCGUGAACCCCGCCACAUCGUUCCGAAAGACCUUUUGGCCGACCAUCGGGCCCAUCAUCGCAGCCACACGAGGGCGGGUGAGGCACAAGCUCUUACACAUUCACUCAUUCAUGCAUGGACUAAUCAAGGGAUAACUAAUGCAUUACACGAGGUUUGGCUGCCGCUCUUUCUCUCUCUCUCUCUCUCUGUGUCAGUUGUAUGGCGUGGCGGCGCUGGCCUCGUUGGUCCCCACGGUGCCCGAUUGGCCUCAGAUGCUCUACUUCGGUGGGCGGGUCGUGUCAGCCGACCGACCAAUGGAGCUCCUGGGGCAGUGGUGGACCAAGCUCAACAGAUUCGCCACUAACGUAAGGAACCAAACACACUCACUGCUCACGUGCCACAUUGAAUAGACAGACGAAGUCUGUGUAUGUGUGUGUCGUUUUAUUUAGUUGUCGGCGGAUCGGCUGAGUUUCCGGCUGACCCGUUGGCUGGACGAGGGCAGCCGGGCGGUGGAGAGACAGCUGGAGGCACUCACCAUGACCACAGGGGGAGAGGGGGUCGCCUCGCCCACACUACCGUCUUACCUCUUCAUGGGAGGUACGCACACGCACGCUCACACACAUUGCUCACACACUCACACGUGUCGCAAUUUCUGUCUGCACACAGGCACGGCGGACAGGAUGCUGCCGUCUGGGGAAGAGGCGCAGCGUCUGUAUGACAUAUUUGCCGACAUCAAGGGGCCACAAGCAGCGCAAGAUCAGCUGAACCUCGUAGGUAGUAGGGAAGGAUGCACGCCUCCACUCUUUCUCUCGUCAUCCUCCAAUUCUCCCGGCAUGCAGGUGUUGCUGCAGGGCGCCGGGCACUGGGCGUUCGACAGCCGGUCCAACAUGACGGACAUCAUCCUCUCAUCACUUCCGCCAGCUGUGCGGGUCACACCGGGCAAACAACGACCUGUGGGCGAGUUUGAUGACUUCCGGACACCCGAUGUCGAGGUGAGACCCCCUACCACCUAUCUAUUGUCGUUGCUUCCACAUCCCGCAGAUGUGUCACUCCCUGUGUGUGUAGGCUGAGAUGCAGCGGGCCCCUCUGAUCCCCUGGAUCGCCGCAGAGACAGAGAGGCUGCUGUCCCCUGUGUUCUUCUCCACCAACGCACACAACGGCAGGAGAGAACGGUCAGGCAACUACACGCAGCUGUUUGACAGCCACACACCCAUUUUUUCGUCUUUCUUUCCCUCAGGGGUCUGCACGCGCUCAUGAGAAGCAUGCCGGGCGACUUCUCAGCACCAGACGAGCAGGCAGAUCGGCAAUUCGAAGACAACAACGCAGAGCAGGCCCCGGCCCAGGCGGGGAUGACGGUUGAGGAAGAGGAGGAGCUGGUGGGGACGGGCCUGAGCAGCCUCUUCCCCCGGAUGGAGGAGUGGGACAAUCAGUCUCUCCGGAAGAUCCCCCUGGACAGGCCUGUGCUGCUCGUGGGCAACCACAAUCUCUUCGGGUUCGAGGCCCCACUCAUCAUUUCACGAUUCCUACGGGUCAGAGCGGAGGGAAGGAGGGAGGGGGAGAGGGAUAACACUAACACACAAGAGCCAGGCCAGCGGUAUUCUCUCUGGUGGCAUUCGUUGUUCAGGAGGUGGGCAUCUGUCCGCGUGCGUUGGCGCAUCCGUUCUUCUUCCAGCCGCUGCACUAUCUCUUCGGCGACCACCGCAACAACAAGAACGGUUACAAUGGCUACAGUGACAACGACGACGCGCUGUCCUCGUCCACCAGGCAGCCCCAGACCAUUGAUCUGUUCCGGCCGCUGCCCGAGGACAACUACACGCUCAUCAGCAAGCUGUGGCGGUCAUUCGACGUGGGAGACUUCCACAAGCGGUUCGGUGCUGUGGAGGUGAGCAAGCGCGCCUACUACCGCCUGCUGCAGCAGAAAGGUGGGCACAGCACAGCACAGCACAGGAGGGCGCAAUGCAUUCAAUGACGACACUGGUGGAUGGAUGGAUGGAUCGAUGGCUCUCUGUCUGUGUGUCCCAGAGUGCAUUUUGCUGUACCCUGGUGGCCUCAAAGAGGUGUGCAUGACAUGAGGAUGGAUGCAGAGACAGACAGAACGCAAGAAUACUGCCUGCCACGUGUUGGAUGUGUUGCCCUUUCUGUCGUCCCUUCUGUCUGUCUAUCGUCAGGCCUUUCACGAGCGGUCGCAGAAGUACCAGCUCUUAUGGGACGAUCAGGAAGGUACGCACCCCUUGUCAAAGACAGACAGACAGACAGAGAUGUUAUCCUUCCUCCCACCCCCCUUCGCGCGCUGCAGAUUUCCUGCGCAUGGCGGCGCGGUUCAACGCCACCAUCAUCCCCUUCUCAGGUGAAUGACAACAGCACGUUCAGGUCAACAGGCCUUGUGCAGUUAACAGUCUUGUCUUGUCUUGUUUGUCGCGUCGUGUUUUUGCAGCUGUGGGGUGUUCUGACGUCUUCACCAUCGUGCUGGACAAGCGCGAGGUGCUCAACCUGCCUUUCGUCGGCGAGCGGCUCAAACGACGCGCACAAGCAUGUACGCCCAAAUAAUGAAAGCCAUGGUCCCAUGUUUGUGUGUCCCUCCAUCUACCGUCCUGUUGUUCAGUUCCCCGUGCGUCUGAUUUCCCGCCGUUCGUGCCGCCCAUUCCCCUGCCGUCGCUGCGGACGGGGGGCGGCGAGCGGCCCUAUCUCCUCUUCGGACGACCUAUGGACCUGACGGGCGUAGAUGCGGCUGACAAGGAGAGUUGCCAGGCACUCUACGAGCAGGUGAGCCAACCAGACAGACACAAGAGGUGUGGUCAUCUGACUGAGUGCACUCAUUCAUUCAUUCAUUCAUCAUGCAUUCAUUUGUUGGCUUCCUUCUUGCCGUGGGUGUGGUCAGCUGCGUGGUGAGGUUGAGAGCGGCGUGCAGACCUUGCUGGAGGCCAGGGAAAAGGACCCCUUCAGGUAACACCUCACACACACACACACACAGAGAGAGAGAGAGCAUGCGACAAUGCCACACUCUGUCUGUGCGGUGUGGUGUGGUGGUCAGGCGAGGUCCCCGACGCUGGGCGUAUGAGUUGCGCCACCGGCGGAAGGCACCGUCAGUCUCGAGCAUCAACCUGCCGCAAGCCAACGAAUGGGAGAUGCCCAUGCCGACAGAGGGCGGGAGGUGACAGUGACGCCAUAUCACGUACCAAGGGGCCUUCGACGAAGGGCAAUGGAAUGCCGUCCGGUUGUGUACAGAGAGAGGGGGACUGACUGUCAUAUGUGUGUAUGUGUGUGGUGUCAAUAGCGAGGGAGGCGAUGAUCGCAAUCAAUGUGGUGUGCAACCAACCGAGUUUUUCCGGCAUGUUCAUGUGGAUCAGUCAGGUGCGGGAGAAGAGGUAGAGGUAAAAAUCUAUGCACUUAGGCGAUAGCGUGGUUUGUGUGUGUGAGUGAACGGUCGAUGGCGUGGUCUGCCAAUGGAGUGGAGAACCAAACUUGUCUGAUGGGUUGCUUGGAUGUCACAGCUGACAUGGUAGAGAGUGAAUGGGAUGAAGAAACGUG